UAAUUUUGUUUCAUCUUAUGAUAUCUUUAUGCUGUAGGAGUUUUAGGGGUGUCUGUCUUAGAAGAAAUAUGGAGGCUCAAUGUGACUAUUGUGGAACCGAAAAAGCAUUAAUCUACUGCAAAUCUGAUUCGGCUAAACUUUGCUUAAACUGUGACGUUAAUGUACACUCAGCCAAUCCUCUGUCUCAAAGACACACGCGAUCUUUGCUCUGCGAGAAAUGUUUCUUGCAGCCUACGGUAAUCCAUUGCAUGAACGAGAAGGUAUCUCUUUGCCAAGGAUGUCACUGGACCGCAAGUAACUGCAAUGGUUUAGGACACAAACUUCAGAAUCUGAACCCUUACUCUGGUUGUCCUUCUCCAUCAGAUUUCAUCAAGAUCUGGUCUUCGGUUAUAGAACCUUCCGCCACGAAUUGGGUUUCUCCAUUUGAUGAUAGCAUCAAAAUAAAUGAGUUAGUUGAUUGGGAUGGUUUAUCUACUCCUAUGGUUACACAAACUCAGAAUCUCAAAGACCAUCCUUCUAUCUUUUCCAUGGAAUAUAAUCUUCCUAAUGUGAUAGAGGAGGAAUGUUCUGGUUUAGAUCUAUGCGAAGGGAUUAACUUAGAUGAUGCACCUUUGAAUUUUAACGCAAGCAAUGAUAUUAUUGGAUGUUCAUCACCUGAUCAAACCAAGUGUUACAAGUACGAGGGUUCAUAUAAGGAAGAUAAUAAAACUGGCCUCUCUCCUCUUUUUCUUCCUGCUUUAUACGGCGGGAAUGUUUUUACAAGCAUGUCGCUUUCAAUGACCAACAUCACAGGAGAAAGCAGUCCCACUGAUUACCAAGAUUGCGGGAUUUCUCCAGGGUUUCUUAUCGGAGAUUCGCCAUGGGAAUCAAAUGUUGAAGUUACUUAUAAUCCAAAAUCAAGGGACGAGGCUAAAAAGAGAUACAAACAAAAGAAGUCAAGGCGCAUGUUUGGGAAGCAAAUACGAUAUGCAUCACGCAAAGCGAGAGCCGAUACUAGAAAGCGGGUGAAAGGAAGAUUUGUGAAAGCUGGAGAAAAUUUUGAUUAUGAUGCAUCAAUGGUGAUGUGAACUAGUGAUGCUUCUCUUCGAAGAACUAUCAAGUAAAGAAAAAAUCUCACUCCACCCAAGAGAUUAAUAACAGUUUCUUGCUGGUAAAGUAACACAGAACUUCUUGAGAAAAACUACAAGAUCAAACUAUAAAACCCUAAAAUCACCAAAAAAAAAACCCCCUCAAAGUUGCUCUUUUUACUAGAGUAUUUCCUCGGUUUUUUAUGGGACCAAAGAAACUACCGAUCACAGCGACGAGAACGAUCAGACCGAAUUAAGAAACCAAACAAGAGUAUCAAGAAACUAAGAAAGAGUCAUUGCCUAG